UCCCAGACGGCAUUGUACCUUUGAAACUUCGGAGUUCGCACGGCAAUCUCAAAGACUUGUCGGACCACCGGUCGUUUCCCCUUCCUCAGAUCGUUGAAAUCAAGGAGAAAUCCGAAGACCUACAUGCUCUAAUCAGUUUGAAGGGAUUUUGUGAAAGCUGAGAAAAAGGGGAGUAAAGAUGGUGAAACUGACAAUGAUUGCUCGUGUUACUGAUGGUCUUCCUCUGGCGGAGGGACUAGAUGAUGGUCGGGAUCUGACAGAUGCCGAAAUGUACAAACAACAAGUUAAGGCUUUGUUUAAGAAUCUCUCUAAAGGCCAUAAUGAAGCUUCAAGGAUGUCUGUCGAGACUGGUCCUUAUGUAUUCCACUAUAUCAUUGAAGGUCGUGUUUGUUACUUGACAAUGUGUGACCGUUCUUAUCCUAAGAAACUUGCUUUUCAAUAUCUGGAAGACCUCAAGAAUGAAUUUGAACGUGUUAAUGGAGCUCAAAUUGAAACUGCUGCCAGGCCUUAUGCAUUUAUUAAAUUUGAUACAUUCAUACAGAAGACAAAAAAAUUAUACCAGGACACCCGUACUCAACGGAAUAUUUCAAAGUUGAAUGAUGAACUCUAUGAAGUUCACCAAAUAAUGACUCGCAAUGUGCAAGAAGUUCUUGGUGUUGGUGAAAAGUUGGACCAGGUCAGUCAGAUGUCCAGUCGUUUGACGUCGGAAUCUCGCAUAUAUGCUGAUAAGGCGAGAGACUUAAAUCGACAGGCUUUAAUUCGGAAGUGGGCUCCGGUUGCCAUCGUGUUAGGAGUUGUGUUCCUCCUCUUUUGGGUGAAAGCAAAGCUGUGGUGAUUUCAACCGUGCUUCAUGGUUUUAACAACUCAUCAUCAAGUUUCUUAGGUUUCUCUGUUUUGCUGUGGGUAGCUUGUUGUCCACACCCAGAGAUCAAACAUUGGAGUGAGUUAUGGUUUUUUGUUCAUCAUACAAUUCGGCAAAGUAUAGGGACGGAUUUGCAAUGUGGAAUUGUGAAGGAGAGACCCUACCUUAAGAGCAUAUGUUCAAAGACAAAACUAUUCUUUCAAUAUGUCAAAAGCCAGAAUAGAACAACAAAUAGUAAACUAGUUAAAAGAAAGCCUUUUGUGGUAAUUAAUUUAAAUUCUAGCACAUCUAGUGUCUAUUUUCUCUUUAAUGCUUGGCCCGCCACGAACAUGAGCAGGAUUUAUGUUGAAGAUUAAGAUAAUAUCAAUUUAGUUUUUACUGCAUGAAA